AUGUUUUCCUAUAAAUUUCCUCCCCCACCACUAAGAAUUAUGCGUUCUAGUCAGUUAGAUUCUAGCUUGCUAGAUCUGCAACUUUUUGAGAUAUUGAAAGGACAACUCUGGAAAACGUUUUCUUUGUUUAAACCUCAGUUUAGAGAAGUUUUUGAGCCAGAAUUACUUGCCGCAUUACAAUUAAUAAUGUACCGCCUUUCCAUUUAUGAGUCUGGCGCAUCAUACGGUGCACAGUUACAAAAUUUGAAGUAUCGAAACGAAAGGCAACAUUCUGGUGGAUUCCAAUCUACUCGGAAUGAUGCAGCUCUCACUAAAUCUCAAAAGUAUGCGUUUGGUGCAAUGACAAUUGGUGGACCAUAUGUUUGGAUGCGAAUAAAUCGAUUGAUGACAGCUAAAAGAUGGAGUGAACUAGACGAUUCACAAACCUUUGAUUUUUUACCAGCUCACAUAUGUGCUAUAUGUUACGAGCAACAAAUGUCUACUUCAGCAUUAUCAAAUACGGCAGUAAGCACCACAAGAUUGCAUAAUUCAUAUGAAACUAAUUGUGGCCACCAAUAUUGUUAUUACUGCAUAAGGACGAAAAUGAUUCAAGAAGGAGUAACUUGGAAAUGUUUGAGAUGUGGAGAGGAAGUAAAAGAGAUCAGAAGAACUUUGGAUAAAGAUGACGAUCAAUUAAGGAAUGAUCGAUUAUUUGAUUUGUUUGAUCGUGACUAA